CUUCACAGUCUCUAGUCAACACUACUACUACUGUUAAUUUACUCCUACACCAGCUAUCAAUAAAGGAAUUAUCAAUAUGGGUCUCUUGGACAAGGUCACUGACAAGGUUACCGGCCACUCUCAUGGCAAAAAUUCUGAUAACUACGACCAGAGCGGCAACGAGUCCUAUGGCUCUGGCGGUCAGGGCAAUAACUCUUUCGGUGCUGGUAAGGACUCUUACGGGUCCUCCGGCCAAGGUGGUGAUACCUAUGGCUCUGGUGGCCAGCCUGGUGGCCAGUCUGGUGGCCAGUCUGGUGGCUUUGGCUCCAGUGGUAACAACUCUUACGGGUCCUCUGGCCAAGGUGGUGGCACUUACGGCUCCGGUGGCCAGUCUCACGGUAGCAGCGGUUUGGGUUCUUCCGGCAACGACUCCUAUGGCUCUUCCGGCGGCGACUCUUACGGUUCCGGUGGUCUUUCCGGUGGCCAGCCUGGCGGCUUCGGUGGUAACCAGAGCGGGGGUGGCUUGGGCGGCGGUAACUCUGGCGGCUUUGGUGGAAGUGGCGGUAAUGACUCCUACGGCUCUGGCGGCAAUGCUGGUGGCUUCGGCGGCGGUCGAGGUGAUGACUCCUAUGGCUCUGGAGGCAAGCCCGGUGGCUUCGCCGGAGGUAACAACGACGCCUUCGGCUCCGGAGGCAACCCUGGUGGUCUCGGUGGCGGCGGCGUGCGAGGUUCCGAGCAGGGUGGCUUCGGUGGUACUGGCAGAAGUGGAUACUGAGCUGUCCUCACUCAACGUGUAAUCACUAUGACUGGGUCAUCAGGGAAGAUUUAAUAAGAAGUUUAUGAAAUGGAAGGAAAUACAUACUGGAAACAAUUGCGAAUAGCAGUCUGAAGGAUGAAUGAUUUGG